GGCAGAACCCAAACAGCACCCUGGGUUAGGCCGAGGUUUGCCAGCUCCCAUCGGGGUGCAACACAAAGGGUUUGCUUCACUUAUCCAACCCCCCCCGUGGUUUUCCAGUGCUUGGGAAGUUGCCGUUCCUCCGCUAACAGGUUUUAAAGGCUUGGCAUUGCUGCUUCCCUUUGGAGCGGCUCUGUAGAGGGAUUUUUUCCCUCUUUUCUCUUUCAUGCUUUAUUUCCUGCCUGCACAGUGGAAUGGCUUGGUUGCAAAAGAUUCUCAUUCCCUUUUUGGGACUGGUUUUGGCCUUCUGGUUUUAUUCUGCGAGGGAGAAUUUCAAACCGGAGAUGCUGAAAGGGAAGCGUGUGAUCGUCACCGGAGCCAGCACUGGGAUAGGAGAGCAGAUGGCAUAUCACCUGGCACGGAUGGGAGCCCACAUUCUGAUCACAGCACGGACAGAGGCCAAGCUGCAGAAAGUGGUGGAGCGGUGCCGGGAGUUGGGUGCAGCCUCGGCGCGGUACAUCAGCGGCACCAUGGAGGACAUGGCCUUUGCUGAGCGCGUGGUGAAGGAGGCAGGGACCCUGCUGGGAGGCCUGGACAUGCUGAUCCUGAACCACGUUGGCACAUCCUACUUUGGUUAUUUCAAUGGGGAUAUUGAGCACGUACGAAAGCUCCUGGAGAUCAACUUCCUCAGCUACGUGGCAAUGACCACGACAGCUCUGCCCAUGCUGAAGGAGAGCGAGGGCAGCAUCGUUGUGGUUUCAUCCAUGGCAGGUAAAGUUGGGUUUCCCUUUACGGCCCCCUACUCUGCAACUAAGUUUGCCUUGGAUGGAUUUUUCAGCUCCCUGAGGCAGGAAUUCACCAUUCAGAACAUUAAUGUUUCCAUCACUCUCUGCAUCCUUGGCUUCAUUGAUACUGACACCGCUGUUCGCGCCGCCUCGGAGCUGCUCUGGGUGAGCCCCGCGCCCCGCGCUCAGUGCGCUCUGGAGAUCCUGCGGGGGGCGGCCCUGAGGCGGCGGGAGCUCCACUACCGCUACGGCCCCACCCGCCUCCCGCUGCUGCUGCGCGACUGCGCCCCGGAGCUGCUGGACCGCAUGGUGCGGAGCCGGUACCGCCUGGACCGCCUGCAGCCCGCACCGACACCGAGCACCCCUCACACACACCGGACACAGCACCCAGGUUAAUGUUUGCUAAAUCACAGGAAGUGCAAAGCAAAGAUCCAGCAGGUAGCAGCAAGCUUGUGCAAGACAAAAAUCAU